AUGGCAACUGAGAGCUUGACUGUGCGCGACGAGCGUACUGGAAAGACGUAUAGUAUUCCUAUUACUGAUAACACUAUAUCCGCCACUGCCUUCAAAGCAAUCAAGGCGCCUGCCCGACCUGGGGAGCGACCAGAGAACGAGACGGAACGUGGUUUGCGUGUUUCCGACAAAGGGUUCUUGAAUACUGCAGUCAUCCAGAGUGAAAUCACGUACAUUGAUGGCGACAAUGGGAUUCUUCGGUAUCGUGGGUAUCCGAUUGAACAACUCGCCGAACACUCAACAUUCUUGGAAGUCGCCUAUCUCCUCAUUUAUGGUAGCCUGCCUUCAAAAGGUCGCUAUGAAUCAUUCGAAUUUGAGGUUUUGCACCAUAGCAUAACCCAUGUUGAUGUCGCUGGGUUAUUCCGAGCCUUCCGCUAUGACGCACACCCUAUGUCAAUCUUGACCUCAGCGUUUGCUGCACUGGGUAGCUAUUAUGCUGAAGCGAACCCCUCUUUACAAGGUCAAAAUUUGUAUACCAAAGGCGACAAAGCUUCCCUUGCGAUCAUGGAUAAGCAAAUAUAUCGAUUAAUCGGUAAAGCAACGACGUUGGCUGCAAUGGCAUACCGUGUGCGGCAGGGGCGAGAAUUUAUUGUUCCGCCUGUUGGAAUGUCGUACACUGGCUCCUUCUUGUAUCAAAUGGACCGUCUCGGACAGGAGAAUUAUGUGCCUUCCCCCGUCUUAGAACGUGCUUUGGAUAUCUUAUUUAUCUUACAUGCGGACAUGAGCUCAACGCCUCUGCGACCACUGUUCUUCAAACCGGAAGCUCAUUGGUCGAUCCAUACUCUGCGAUUGCGCGGAUGUGCAUCUCUGUACGGCCCUCUGCACGGCGGGGCGAACGAGGCCGUCAUUCGCAUGCUUAUUUCAAUUGGUUCCCCCGAGAAUGUACCUGCGUUUUUGGAGUCUGUGAAGAAACGAGAGAAGGUACUUUCCGGAUUUGGUCACCGUGUUUAUAAGACCGACAGCCGAAGAAGUGUUCAAGGUAACCGGUCAGACCCCCUACUCGAAACCGCGAUGCGUCUACACGAUCUCGCAAUCAAGGACGAAUAUUUUGUAAAACGCAAGCUAGCACCAAAUGUAGACUUUUGGUCAGGACUAAUCUACCGCGCGAUGGGCUUCCCAUUGGACUUUUUCCCAGUCUUAUUUGCUGUUCCACGUGUGGUUGGUUGGCUUGCGCACUGGCGUCAAAUGAUGCUUCAGCCUGGGGGUGUAAAGAUCUGGCGGCCCCGUCAGGUAUACGCCGGUGCCGGUAGGCGCGAUUUCAUUCCUAUUGACCAACGGCCCACGGAGUCCGAUGACGACACCGAUCCCAAGAAGGUCCCUAGUGCUAGUGUCCAUUCGACCGGGCAGACGAAGCGAACUGCGCUGGCGACUUACAAAGGCAAAGCCAAGCUGUAG